ACCACACUCUGCCUUCUUAGUCAAAAAGCAAAAAAAUGGCUGCCAAUUGGAUCGCCGUUAAAUGCAAUGGAGAAGAAAUAAUAUUUCAAUUAAAGCAAUAAAAAGGUGGGUUUGAUGCAGAAUCGUUUCUUUUUCUUCCCCUUGACGGCGAAGAAGCAGCAGUUCCUUGUCAACCCUUGUUGCUUUCUUUAUUGAUCAUCCAUCAGGAUUAAGAAUACAUGAUGACUGAAGCAGUGGGGAAGAAGAGAAUAAACUUAGUGAGAUUAGUGCAGGAAAGAGAAUUGUCCAAGAAGGCGAAGGAAGAGGAAAGGCAGCCACAAAACAUUAUUGAGCAAGAGCAGCAGCAAGAUACUGUUGUCCCUUAUCUUCCAAAAGAUUGUGUCUCUAAUAUCCUUAUUCGAAUGCCUACCGAGUCUCUCCCAAAGUCAAUGUUGGUAUGCAAGCCAUGGUACAACAUAAUUACUGGCCCCACUUUCAUUAAUUCCCAUUUUAGUAGAUCUGAAUCUGUGUUGGUCUUUCAAAAAACUUCUUUAGAUGAGGAACAUUCAAAUCCUCCAGCCCCCAUUAUUCUGUUUGGGGGACCAACACCCAACAGAACAAAGAAAGUCUGUACCCAGUUUAUUGAAUUUAGAGAGGGAACCAGCAGGAUAGGAAAGUACAAGAUAAGCUGUUCAGGCAAGAUUAGAGCUGCAUGCAAUGGCCUCCUGUUGAUCGAUAACACUUCGAAGAAAGGAGGACUUAUAGUUUUGAAUCCUGUCACCAGAAAGUCAACUUCCCUUCCUGUGGGAACUUUAUCUCUCUCAAAUGCUGAAUCUUAUGGCUUUGCAUACAGUGAUGUUACUGGUGAUUAUAAAGUAGUGCACUUGUUUCGGGAUGAGUUGAGACAUAUAAAUUGUGAGAUAUUAAAUGUUGGGGCAAAAUUCUGGAAAGAAGUGAAUGGACCUGCUUUUGGGCUCUUUGGUUCGCUACGUUGCACAGCACCUGUUUCAUCUAUUGGAGCUUUGCAUUGGAUUCCCCAGAUAAAUCACAGUGAUUAUUUAGUCUCUAUGGAACUGGUCAAUGAGAAGUUUCACACGGUGCCCCUUCCAAAGAGCUGUGGAACUCAUGAUGGUAUUCUGGAAAUGGGCGGAUUCCUUUCUUUUGUUACUCAUGAGCAACCGGACAUAGAUAUUUGGAUUCUGAAGGGCCUACAUGAUGAGGUAUGGACCAAACAUCAUCGUAUCUCUACUUGUUCUGUGCGCAGUAUGGUUCCAAUGCUAAGUUUGAAAAUUGGUGGAGAUAUGAUCUUCAAGAGGAAGAAAGAUGGUUCGUUGCAUGCUUAUGACUUCAAACUCCAAUUGAUGAGAAAGGUAGAAGGAAAGGUAGAAGAGGACAUUCCAUCAACUUCAUUUCCCCAUGUCAACAGCCUUGUCUGGUGGGAAAAACCUAAGGAUGUGUGUGAUUGAUAACCUUCUCCACAAGUCAAGAAAGAACUGGCACUAAUCGUUAAAGGUUAUAUCCCAUUUCCCAUUCUCCUUUCUUGAUAUCCCCUGCAGUGAUUUGUCAAUCUAUCUAGUUAGGUAAGAGUAUGGUAACUAGAGAUCUGCGUGUGUGUAAAGCUUAGUUUUUUAAUCUUAUGGACAUGCCAUAACGCAUUGAGGGAAACUUCCAACGUGGAAGUCUACUUCAAAUCCUUUAAGACAUUGUGGAGACUUUGGAUUUAAGGAGUGAUGUUUCUUGUUAUAUCGCCUUUAUAUGCUAUGUAAAUAAAUAAAUUCCAACAUUCCUG